AUGAACACUCCUACUCAUCUGGCCGCUCCCGUGGCAAGUGACAGAGUCCCUACCUCGUCGAGUCUCGAUGUCCUCGCGUUGGACAUGAAGACCCUUGUCAAGAAGAUUCAGGACUUGAGUCACUUGGGCAUUGAGGACAGUAAAAUCACGCUCCCCAAGAUUUGUGUGGUUGGAGACCAAAGUACCGGUAAGAGUUCCCUCAUUGAGGGAAUUUCCGAGAUCAAAGUGCCCCGAAGUGCUGGUACCUGCACCCGUUGUCCCAUGGAGAUUAAUCUCUCGGAAAAUGAUCCCGGAGAAUCUUGGAAGUGUACCGUUUUUUUGUCUUUCCGAUACUGGUACGAUGCCAAUAAGAAGAUCAGAGCAAUGUUAAAGAAGAGCGAGCCCCUCGGGCCCUGGCUUCAAGUUGUUGAUCAGGAAGACGAGCUCUUCAUCACAUUGACAGACAAAGGAAAGAUUCAAGAUGCAAUUUGGUGGGCGCAGCUGGCGAUCUUGAACCCCGGCGCGGACUUCCAUGAGUAUGUCCCAGGGAAGAAUACGCUCACUGCGCAGACCUUUGAAGUCAAAUUCUCCCCAAACGUCGUUCGCCUCGACAUAUCUGGGCCCAACUUCCCAGCUUUGUCCUUUUACGAUCUCCCCGGGGUCAUCAGCCAGGCCGAGCAUGAAGCCGAGAAUUACCUGGUGCCCCUUGUCGAGAACCUCGUCAAGCAUUACAUUUCUGAAGAAAACUGCAUCGUCCUACUCACUUUGUCUAUGACAGAUGAUGCUGGAAACUCUAAUGCCGCACGCCUGAUCGGAAGAAUCCAGGGUGCAAAGGAGAGAACACUUGGGGUGUUGACGAAGCCAGACAGGUUGGCUUCUUAUGAGUGCUUUGCCCAGUACAAAGACAUUUUGGAGGGAAAAGUGUAUGGCCUAGGCCAUGGAUACUUUGUGGUCCGGAACAACCCCGAUCCAGACGUACUGCACGGCGUUGCUCGCAGUGAAGAGGACGCUUUCUUUGCGGAUCCUUUCUGGUCUGACAAAAUGGCUGAUUUCCAUCACCGUUUUGGGACCCGACGUCUCCAAAUCGCUCUGUCAGCUACACUGAUGGAGCAAAUUCAGAAAUCCCUGCCGUCCAUCAUUCGGCAAAUCGACGAGAAAGGAAGACGCAUUGAUGCUGAGCUGAGCACUCUUCCAGACUCCCCCUCCGAGGAUGUGCAGCGGAUUUUAAUGGAAAAGACGAUUACUCUGGGUCUCAAGCUUCGAUGGAUAUUCGAAGGGGGAACUGGCUAUGGGGGUUCCGACAAUACCCUUCAAAGGGAUUGGUGUGACCUGGUUAGGGACUUUCAGGUGGCCUUAGAGAAGACACGCCCGACACUAAUCUUAAGUACCGACACCGACCAUAGCUAUAUGGCCGAGAAGUACGACGCCGACGCCGACAUGUUUCUUUCCUCUGGCUCCCCUGCUCGUAAGAGAAAAGCGCCUGUACCUGAGCUGAAAACACCAGAAAGCAAGACCCAGAACGUCAAUGGGUCAAGUGCAUCAACUCAAUCAAAGGAUCGUGGCGGUCAGAACUACAAAACUGCGUGCUUUAGGGAGUGGAAGGCGCCAUUUUUCAGAUUCACACUGGAUGGAAUCCGGAGAAUCAAGGAGGAGUCCCACCGUGCUGGGAUUCCCAACCAGAUUGACCCCAGUGCAAUUGAAAAGCUUAACAAGGAAAGUGUGAAGAACUGGGGUGUACUCGCAAACGCUUUUGUCUUCGCUACCCAUGGUAUUGUUCAAAAGGUCUUGAUUAACUCUCUGGACGAUGUGAUUGCCCAGUAUCGCCAGACUGGGCUCUAUCGAGAGCUGUACCAAGUUAUCACGACUUUUCUUCUGCAGCUCCGCGCCGAUUACCUUCAGGAGGCGGGUACUCAUUAUCGCAUUGAGAGUGACAAUCCGUUCACCAUGGCCCAGGCUCAGCAUAAGGAAGCCUCUCUGGAGGCACUGACGAGCCUGGCCAGAGCCCGCCAAGCCUCCCGGGCUAAGGUUUGGCUCCAGGUGCAUGGUUAUGCCACGGAGGAUGACCAAAAGCCCGGCAAGAUCCCUGGUGACCUCGGACCCGACCAGUUCUCGCAAGAGCUGGAGAUGAUGGCUAGUUCCCGCGGAUACUACCAGAUUGCCAGCUCGCGCUUCCUGGAUGUGAUCUGUCAACUUGCUCACCUCAAGCUGUUCGCCAAAUGUCGAGAUGAACUGAUCGAGGUCAUCAACACCGGCCUGAACGCCAACUCAUUCGAACGUUGCAUGGAACUGAUGGCAGAAGACCCCGAGCGACAGGCCCGUCGGAAUGUACUGACCAAGGAAAGGGUCAAGCUCACCCAAGCUCAAGAGUGGCUCGCCGCAGUCUACCAAACUAAAGACGAGAGCUCUGACAUUGGCACUUUCACUGACGAAAUCAUGGAAGAUGUGGAGUGGAAGAAUAAAGUCUAG